ACUAUAUAAGACAACAUCUAAACUAUGUUUCUAGAAAAAAUAAUGGCAAAGUUUUUGACUUGUGUCCUUCUCAUUGCUACUCUGUUGUUUGUUGGAACAAUGAUUUCACCUGUUGAAUCAGACACUUGCUAUCAAAUACAUCCAGAAAUAUUGUGCGAUCAAAACAAAGUUGAGCCAAAAUGUUUACCAUUUUGCAAGCAAAAAUUUGGACCCAAAGCUGGUGGUCAAUGCAUUGAGCAGGUUGGCUUUGACGGACCAUUUUGUGCUUGCGAUUAUCCUUGCUAGUCACCCCUUUACAUUUUUUUUAUACCGUAAUAAAUAUUUUAUUUCUACAUGAAAUGUUAGCUAUCCAUUUUAUGAGACAAGGAUCUCAAAAUAGUAAUGUACUUUAUAUUUUGAGAUGCUAAUGUUGAUUCUUCCAUUA